GAAAAUGAACAAUUACUAUAUGUUCUAGAAGUGUCUUCUAUAUUCCCCUUUCACAGAGAAGAAGAAACCAUCUUCUUCCAAAUCGAAAUUUCAGAAUCUCUCUAUCUUCUUAUCAUCAUAUAGAAACACAAAAUUCUGCAAAAAUUGUAUUUGUAGUAUGGCAGGAAGAGAAGUUCGAGAAUACACCAAUCUCACUGACCCAAAAGAUAAGAAAUUGGGUAAAGGAAAAGAUAAGAUUGAUGAUGAAGAUGUUACUUUUCAACGUAUGGUUGCAAAGGGAUCUUGGCUUCCUGAUGCAAGCAGAUGCAAGAGGUUGCUGGGGAGCGUGGAGGUUAUCUUCAUGGGCGAGGCGCGUUGGACAGUGAUGAUCUACUAUAUCUCAAGGAGCAAAUGGAAGCGGAGGAGGAUGCAGAGCGCCUCCUGCGUCGCACUGAAAAACGAGCAUUUGCUGCUUUUAAGAGAGCGGCAAGUUUAGCAGAUUCUUCGCCUGCAUCGAUACCAUUACCGUUACGUGUUGAGCCAAAGCCAAAGAGUGGGAUCAGGCAGCAUGAUCUGCUGAAAAAAGUUGUGGAGAUUAAACCUAAGCGGCCAAGGUCCGAAAGCAAUAAGCCAACACAAGCACCUAGUAACGCUCCUGUUAUGAAUUGCGAGCGUGAUAAUUUCAAAGACAAUGAGCAAUCUUUGUCCAAAUCAAAGAAAGUUGAGGAACACCCUUCGUCAGGGUCGCAUGAAGGAGAAGUUAAAACUAAGGUUGACAAUAACUCUGCCGGGGGAUUACUGGGUCUGGCAUAUGCAAGUUCAGAUGAUGAUGACGAAGAAUGAUUGAUAUUACGUGAAUGAUUGAUAAUACAUCGGAUGACAUGCAUCUAUCGGUCAAUGUUUUUGUAGUUUUAGUACAAAAUGCGUGACUUAUUUAGAGGAAGUGUUGAUUUGUAGUCUAGAUUUGUCUAAAUAGUUUUCAAUGUAUGAAACAUUUAGGAAGAAGACUGUAAAAGAAAAAAAAAAAUGAAGUAUUAGAAUAUCACUAUAGAACAACUAGAUAUAAGAUACAAUUUUGUAUGUGUUCAUUGAAUCUUAAUAUGCCAGUUUUGUUGAUCUUGAUAUAGUUUUGAAGCACGAUGUAGUGUGUAAACUGUGUUCUCUCCAAA